AUGCGCCCUGCGUUGCCGCACCUUUCCCCCACCUCGUACGCGCCACACCCUCCCUCCCCCUCUCCGCUCCUCUCGCCUCCCCCGCUCCUCCGCGCCCCUCCCUUUCCCCUCCGCCCCCUCUCUCCCCUCCUCCGCCCGACUUCCCCCACCCUUCCCCCUGCCACGCCGUCGUUCCUCCGACCAUCCGCGCAAUUCCCCCCAUCCGCGCAAUUCCCCGCGUCUCCGCCUCUCCUAGACACCACUUGCAAUCCCGUCAACGCCGCUCUUAACCCAUUUAACCAUCCCAACGCUCCACCCUCUCCCAACCCUUUCCCCUCUCCUCCCUCGCUCCGCCCUUCCUUCUCUCCUACCGCUCCCAACCCCUCCUUCUCUCCUAGACCAUGCCUCGCCCCUCGCACACCCUCAUGGAGCAGCGAGCUGGAAAGGCGAAGCGCAACGGUAGCAGCACCCGGCGCCGCCGCCGCUUCCGCAGCACCAGCAGCAGCAGAACCAGCAGCGGGAGGAGGAGGGGCAGGUGGCGCAGGAGGUGGGGGGGGAGGAGCAGAAGCAGGGGGGAAGGCGAGAAGCGGAGGGAGAGGCAGCAAGGCGGGAGGCGCGGAAACGCGUCGAGCCGUUGGGUUGUCCGAGCUGGCGAAGGGGAGGGGCGCAACUGGCACGAGGGGCGUGGGCGGCGGUGGCAGGACGGCGGCAGGGCAGCAGCGAGAGGGACAUGCCAAGGCGGCACCUUACGAGCAGCAGAGAUCGUGCCAAGAAAGCGUUGCUGCACCCGCACCUGCUGCACCUGCUGCACCUGCUGCUGCUGCUGCUGCUGCCGUGCCUGCUGCCACUCCUGCUGCGAGGGUGCUGUUCCAGCAGUCUGCUGUUGAGCCUGCUGCGCCCGUGCUCACUGCUUCUCCUGCCGUGGCUUCCCAGUCUCGAGGUGAAGCCUCCCCUCUCACGCGGAGAGAGCGCGACUCGCGGGGAGACCUAGACCUUUCCCCACAACUCACCCCUCGCUCGUCCCACCCGCCUUGCUCCCCCUACUCCCCCCGCUCUCCCCACACGCCUAACUCCCCCCACACCUCCCGCGCUUCCCCCACGCCCCGCUCCCCACUACGGUCCAUUACCCGUGAUCCACGCACCAACUCCCCCCUCUCCUCCCCACUCACUCCCCCCCAUCCUCACUCGCUCUUCUCUCCCACCACCACCCCUCCUCGCCCUCCCCUCCCCUCCCCCCUCUCCUCCUCCUCCUGCUCCACCCUCCCUGCUCCCCUCUCCUCUCCCCUGGGAUCUCCAGCACCGUCCCUCGCUCGCCGAGUCUCCACCUCAGCUUCGGCAGCAGGUUCGGCCCCAGCCUCUGGGAGGUCACCCACGCGGAGCUGGAAAGAACGGCCCGAACCGCCAGGUCCGGCACAAGGCCCGGGGUCAGGCCCGGCAUUGAGUAGGCUGAGCAGCAGCAGUAAGGAAGGGUGUGAUAACCGUAACGGUCACACCACCACAAGCAUCAACAGCAGCAGCGGUGGUGACACCACCACCACCAUCGCCACGACAAAGAGCAACAGCAGCGGUGUGAAGGCCGCAGGGUUCCCAUCGCUCCCGCGCCUGCGCAUGCGCACCCCUCUCUCUCACAGCAUGGACGCCCGCUCGCUCUCCCUCCUCCCCCUCUGCGCGCCCUCUGACGGGUCGAAGCCACGUGGCGCUGCUGAUUCAGCCAGUGGUGAUGGUGGUGGUGGUGGGUGUUAUCAUGACCAGCUGAAGCAGCUGAACCCAAACCAGCUGCUGCUGCAGGAGCAGCGAGAAGAGCAGCGGGAGGAGCAGUGUGAGGAGCUUAAGCAGGAGCCGAAGCUAUUCCAACACAAGCAGCAGCAGGAGGAAGAGAAGUGGGGGGAUUCGCACCAGCAGCAGCAGCAGCAGCAGCAGAGAAAGGGGCAGGGACAGCAGAAGCAGCAGGGGGAGGCUCGGGUGCGACGUGGCAGCGUGGCAGUGGACGGCAUGGGCGACUCGUUCCAGGAAUUCAGGAGCCUACGGCCAGCAGAGUUUGUCCUACGCCGCACAUACUCAGACGUCCACACCACCUAUACCAUCGACUACCAGGGAGCACCUCUUGGCACAGGGCAGUUUGGAGUCACCAGGAGGUGCUGGAGAAAGGGGAAGAAGGGGAUGAGGGGCUCAUCCCCUCAUGAGGGCACAGGGGAGGAGCUAGCGUGCAAGACGAUCGACAAGGCGAGCAUCAAGACGCAUGUGGAUGCGGAGGAUGUGAGGAAGGAAGUGGCGUGCUUGGAGCUGCUGGCCGGGCAUCCCACUGUUGUGACCAUCAAGGACGCGUUUGAAGAUGCUCAGGUCAGUCAUGGCUCGUGGCUCAUGACCCUCCCCUUCUGUUUCCUCCCCACCCAACAGCACGUGCACUUUGUCACAGAGCUCCUCACAUGCCGUCAUUCUUCCUCACACCUCCUCUCAUCCCUCCCCCAUCUCUCCUCCCCACCUCUCUCCACCCCACAGCACGUGCACAUCGUCACGGAGCUCCUAGCGGGCGGCGAUCUCUUCGACAGAAUCAGAUCGCUACGCCGCCUCUCAGAGCCCUCCGCUGCCCGCCUGUGCGCCGCCCUGAUCGAGGCCCUCCUGCACUGCCAUUGCCGGGGCAUCACGCACCGCGACAUCAAGCCCGAAAACAUCCUCCUUACAAGCCUCUCCUCCGACUCCGAUAUAAAGCUCAUCGACUUUGGCGUGGCAACAUCUUUCCAACGCGGCGUGCCGCUAACCGAUGCGGUCGGGACUCCAGAAUACAUGGCUCCGGAGGUGCUCAGGCAGAGUUACGGUCCGGAAGCAGAUAUAUGGAGCGCGGGGGUGGUGCUUUACGUGGUACUUAGCGGCGCGCCCCCGUUUUGGGGGUCUAAAAGCAAGUCGGUGGUGGAGAGGAUACUCAAGAAAGAGGUGGCGUUCAGAGGGGCCAAGUGGGAGGGCGUGUCGGAGGAGGCCAAGGACCUGGUUGCUCGCAUGCUGGUGAAAGAUGCAAGCAAGAGGAUCGGAGCUCUUGAGAUUCUCGCUCAUAAGUGGGCGGGCGUGUCGGAGGAGGCCAAGGACCUGGUUGCUCGCAUGCUGGUGAAGGAUGCAAGCAAGCGGAUCGGUGCUCUUGAGAUUCUCGUGUUGACUCCGAGUCGAGUUCAGCGGCUGGAAAACGGCCGUCGAAGAAAGCUUGCUGGCCGCAGCCGCAACUACAAUGCCGCACCAGGACGUGCAGGCCCGGGCCGAGCCGCGCCAACAGGCUCGGGAGCUGGCUCUUCCAAACCAAGCCAGGGUCGUCGUUUCCCGUCGCUCGCGCUGUACACGGCUCCUAUCGGGUACAACACGACCAUGACGGCUUUAAAGCACGCCGUGCUCUCGUGGCUGCGCCUCGCGCCGCCUCCCUACACUCCUCGUGUGUACUUAAUAGGCUCGCACCCGCUUAACUACUCCCGGCCGCACCCGUCGCUGGUUUGGCUGGCCAGGCAAUUCCCAAGGCACGUGCACGCUAUAGGAAGCGGGGAUUCCCGAGGGAAGGGUGUGAGGAAGGGGAGACGGGGGGGAAAUGGGGUAGGGGAGGGGGAAGGGGGGUACGAGGAAGUGGGGGAAGGGGAAUCGGCGGAAGCGGAUGGAGGGGGAGGGAUUACGGGGAAAGGGGGAAUGCAGGGGGGAGGUGUAGAUGUGACUUAUGACGGUGUGACAAAAAUGAAUUCGGUGUUUGCUCUGGCGAUGGGGGACAGGCGGGCGGAUGUAGCGGCGGUGAUAGACCCUGACGUGGUGCUGCUGGGGGAUGUGAUGGCGGCUGUAGCGCGGCUGACAUGGAUUCUCACCUCUUCUCUCUGGCGAGUUUCCUGGUUCCCCUUCGUUCUCGACAAUCUCCCCCCGGAAAUCCAGCCGGCCAAUCACAAGCCGCCAGCUGGCGUGGACGAGGCAGAGUGGGUGCUUCGCCAGCUGGCGUGGGCUAGCCAAAGGGGGGAUAGUACUAGUGAUGGCGGCAAGGGGAGGCAGGGGGGCGACAAGGGGAAAGAGCGAACUCGGAGGAAGGGGGAGGCAGAGGAGGGAGGGCAGGGAGUGGAGGGCAGGUGGGCGCACAGAAGAGUGUGGAACUGGAUGGGGGGCGUGGGGGGGAAGAGUGCAGCAGUGGAUCGGGGGAGGGGGCUUGGGGAAUAUGCAAUGGCCGAGCAUGACUUGGUGCAUGUGGUUGGUCGGUUGGGUAGGGAGGAGGGGAAGGUGGGAGGGGUCAGUAGGGAGGGUGUGGUGCAUGUGGUUGACGGCACGGGUGCUGCCUCUGCCAUCCGCAUUGACCCUCUGUAUGACUCGGUGAAAGAAGCCGAGCGGGCGAGGGGGGGUGUGGAGCAGAGUAGGGGAAUGGGGGAAAGUGAGGGGGAGAGGGGGCGGAGCGGGAGGUGGAUGGCGCUGCCAGCUGUGCAUGGUGCCACGUGGCAUGGGCAGGUGAAUGCGAUGCUGCUGCGAGGGGGAGUGGGGGAAUUGGGGGAGGAGGGGGGGGAGGGACGGCAGGAGGGAAGGGGGGAGGGACGGGGGAAGGAAGGGGCCGUUGGGGGUAUGAGAGAGGGAGCUGGAGGGGAGGAGGAGGGGGGGGAGGGGGGGGAGGGGGGAGAGAUUGCAUGGGAGUGGGAGAGGAUGGGUGGCGAGCCUACAGUGGCACAUAUGCGAUGGCAUCUGGUCAUGUGCCAUGGGCCCGAAGCAUUAGGUGCUCUCGUGGCACAUAUGCGAUGGCAUCUGGUCAUGUGCCAUGGGCCCGAAGCAUUAGGUGCUCUCGUGGCACAUAUGCGAUGGCAUCUGGUCAUGUGCCAUGGGCCCGAAGCAUUAGGUGCUCUCGUGGCACAUAUGCGAUGGCAUCUGGUCAUGUGCCAUGGGCCCGAAGCAUUAGGUGCUCUCGUGGCACAUAUGCGAUGGCAUCUGGUCAUGUGCCAUGGGCCCGAAGCAUUAGGUGCUCUCGUGGCACAUAUGCGAUGGCAUCUGGUCAUGUGCCAUGGGCCCGAAGCAUUAGGUGCUCUCGUGGCACAUAUGCGAUGGCAUCUGGUCAUGUGCCAUGGGCCCGAAGCAUUAGGUGCUCUCGUGGCACAUAUGCGAUGGCAUCUGGUCAUGUGCCAUGGGCCCGAAGCAUUAGGUGCUCUCGUGGCACAUAUGCGAUGGCAUCUGGUCAUGUGCCAUGGGCCCGAAGCAUUAGGUGCUCUCGUGGCACAUAUGCGAUGGCAUCUGGUCAUGUGCCAUGGGCCCGAAGCAUUAGGUGCUCUCGUGGCACAUAUGCGAUGGCAUCUGGUCAUGUGCCAUGGGCCCGAAGCAUUAGGUGCUCUCGUGGCACAUAUGCGAUGGCAUCUGGUCAUGUGCCAUGGGCCCGAAGCAUUAGGUGCUCUCGUGGCACAUAUGCGAUGGCAUCUGGUCAUGUGCCAUGGGCCCGAAGCAUUAGGUGCUCUCGUGGCACAUAUGCGAUGGCAUCUGGUCAUGUGCCAUGGGCCCGAAGCAUUAGGUGCUCUCGUGGCACAUAUGCGAUGGCAUCUGGUCAUGUGCCAUGGGCCCGAAGCAUUAGGUGCUCUCGUGGCACAUAUGCGAUGGCAUCUGGUCAUGUGCCAUGGGCCCGAAGCAUUAGGUGCUCUCGUGGCACAUAUGCGAUGGCAUCUGGUCAUGUGCCAUGGGCCCGAAGCAUUAGGUGCUCUCGUGGCACAUAUGCGAUGGCAUCUGGUCAUGUGCCAUGGGCCCGAAGCAUUAGGUGCUCUCGUGGCACAUAUGCGAUGGCAUCUGGUCAUGUGCCAUGGGCCCGAAGCAUUAGGUGCUCUCGUGGCACAUAUGCGAUGGCAUCUGGUCAUGUGCCAUGGGCCCGAAGCAUUAGGUGCUCUCGUGGCACAUAUGCGAUGGCAUCUGGUCAUGUGCCAUGGGCCCGAAGCAUUAGGUGCUCUCGUGGCACAUAUGCGAUGGCAUCUGGUCAUGUGCCAUGGGCCCGAAGCAUUAGGUGCUCUCGUGGCACAUAUGCGAUGGCAUCUGGUCAUGUGCCAUGGGCCCGAAGCAUUAGGUGCUCUCGUGGCACAUAUGCGAUGGCAUCUGGUCAUGUGCCAUGGGCCCGAAGCAUUAGGUGCUCUCGUGGCACAUAUGCGAUGGCAUCUGGUCAUGUGCCAUGGGCCCGAAGCAUUAGGUGCUCUCGUGGCACAUAUGCGAUGGCAUCUGGUCAUGUGCCAUGGGCCCGAAGCAUUAGGUGCUCUCGUGGCACAUAUGCGAUGGCAUCUGGUCAUGUGCCAUGGGCCCGAAGCAUUAGGUGCUCUCGUGGCACAUAUGCGAUGGCAUCUGGUCAUGUGCCAUGGGCCCGAAGCAUUAGGUGCUCUCGUGGCACAUAUGCGAUGGCAUCUGGUCAUGUGCCAUGGGCCCGAAGCAUUAGGUGCUCUCGUGGCACAUAUGCGAUGGCAUCUGGUCAUGUGCCAUGGGCCCGAAGCAUUAGGUGCUCUCGUGGCACAUAUGCGAUGGCAUCUGGUCAUGUGCCAUGGGCCCGAAGCAUUAGGUGCUCUCGUGGCACAUAUGCGAUGGCAUCUGGUCAUGUGCCAUGGGCCCGAAGCAUUAGGUGCUCUCGUGGCACAUAUGCGAUGGCAUCUGGUCAUGUGCCAUGGGCCCGAAGCAUUAGGUGCUCUCGUGGCACAUAUGCGAUGGCAUCUGGUCAUGUGCCAUGGGCCCGAAGCAUUAGGUGCUCUCGUGGCACAUAUGCGAUGGCAUCUGGUCAUGUGCCAUGGGCCCGAAGCAUUAGGUGCUCUCGUGGCACAUAUGCGAUGGCAUCUGGUCAUGUGCCAUGGGCCCGAAGCAUUAGGUGCUCUCGUGGCACAUAUGCGAUGGCAUCUGGUCAUGUGCCAUGGGCCCGAAGCUGCAGCAUUAGGUGCUCUCGUGGCACAUAUGCGAUGGCAUCUGGUCAUGUGCCAUGGGCCCGAAGCAUUAGGUGCUCUCGUGGCACAUAUGCGAUGGCAUCUGGUCAUGUGCCAUGGGCCCGAAGCAUUAGGUGCUCUCGUGGCACAUAUGCGAUGGCAUCUGGUCAUGUGCCAUGGGCCCGAAGCAUUAGGUGCUCUCGUGGCACAUAUGCGAUGGCAUCUGGUCAUGUGCCAUGGGCCCGAAGCAUUAGGUGCUCUCGUGGCACAUAUGCGAUGGCAUCUGGUCAUGUGCCAUGGGCCCGAAGCAUUAGGUGCUCUCGUGGCACAUAUGCGAUGGCAUCUGGUCAUGUGCCAUGGGCCCGAAGCAUUAGGUGCUCUCGUGGCACAUAUGCGAUGGCAUCUGGUCAUGUGCCAUGGGCCCGAAGCAUUAGGUGCUCUCGUGGCACAUAUGCGAUGGCAUCUGGUCAUGUGCCAUGGGCCCGAAGCAUUAGGUGCUCUCGUGGCACAUAUGCGAUGGCAUCUGGUCAUGUGCCAUGGGCCCGAAGCAUUAGGUGCUCUCGUGGCACAUAUGCGAUGGCAUCUGGUCAUGUGCCAUGGGCCCGAAGCAUUAGGUGCUCUCGUGGCACAUAUGCGAUGGCAUCUGGUCAUGUGCCAUGGGCCCGAAGCAUUAGGUGCUCUCGUGGCACAUAUGCGAUGGCAUCUGGUCAUGUGCCAUGGGCCCGAAGCAUUAGGUGCUCUCGUGGCACAUAUGCGAUGGCAUCUGGUCAUGUGCCAUGGGCCCGAAGGAGGAGAAGUGGGAAGGGGGCCAGGGGAGGGCCUGGAGGGAGGAAAGGGACGGGAGGGUGGGGGCGAGAGCGGACGAGGCAAGGAAGAGGAGGUAGAGGUGGUGCGGGCACGGGGGUUAGAGGAGGUGGUGGGGGAGGUGGCAGAUGGCAACAAGGCGGUGGUGCUUGUGGCGGUCACUCACCACUACGCCUCCAUGCUUCUCAGCUUCGCUUGCAUGCUCCGCCGUCUCUCAGUGUCCAACCUGCUGGUAGCAGCUCUAGACCCCACCGCCUACCGCAUCGCUCUCCUGCACUCCCCUCCUUUGCCCAACCUGCUGGUAGCAGCUCUAGACCCCACCGCCUACCGCAUCGCUCUCCUGCACUCCCUCCCUGUCUUCUACGACAACAUCACCACCACUGCUGCAGCAGCAGCAGCGGCGCUAUCACCAGGGUCACACGGACCAGGGGGGGAUGACGCAGGGCCAGAGGCGUGUCCGUUCAACAGCCACUGCUUCCGGCACUACACGAAGCUCAAGAGCCGCGCCGUGCUGCGGGUGCUGCGGCUGGGCUAUGCCGUGCUGUGGAGCGAUGUGGACGUGGUGUGGUUUGAGAACCCGAUGCCGCUGCUGUGGCAGUAUGGACAGGGGGUGCUGGCGAUUCAGAGCAAUGAGCCCGACCCCUCACUCCCACCCAACGCCAUACGGCGCAUCAACAGCGGAUUCUACCUCGCUCGCCCCGACCCCCUCACCAUCGCUGCACUCACCGCUGUGGUGAAGCAUGCGGCCCACUCACGGCUGUCGGAGCAACCUUCCUUUUAUGAUGUUCUCUGUGGGGAGCACGGGGAAAGGCGGGUGGGCUCUGACGCGUGCCAGUGGACCAAUGGCCUGAGAGUAGUCUUCCUGCCACGUCAGCAGUUUCCAAACGGGGCAGUUUACCAGCUGUGGGGGGCCAGGGAAGGAGAUGCUGGCAGUGGACAAGGGGAGGUGUUAUCUGGUGCUGAUGGCCAGGGGGAGGUGGUAUCUGCUGGGAGUGCGAGUGCGAGGGAGGAGUGUGAAAGAAGAGGCGCGGCGGAGGUGCGACUAGACGCCGCGUUGCAGCGACUCCGCGCGCUCGACUCGAGCGUGCGACCGUCGUCCAUCGUCGCCGUCGGGGACGCCCUCCCGAUCGGCGCCGAUGCAUCCUUCCUCAGGGGGCACGGCACGAGGGAGGGCGAGGAGGGGCAGGUGUGCGCGACGGUGUGCGGCGUGGUGAAGCGCAUCAACCGUCUGCUCUCCGUGCAGCCACUCAAAACCUGGUACGUGGCGCAAACAGGAGACGUGGUGGUGGGGCGCGUGACAGAGCUCGCCCCCAAGCGGUGGAAGCUGGCUGUGGGUUCGGCGCAUGAAGCACAGCUCAUGCUCUCCGCUAUCAACCUGCCGGGGGGAGCGCAGAGGCGGCGCACAGCAGUGGAUGAGUUGAAUAUGAGGAACAUCUAUGUGGAGGGGGACCUAGUCACGGCGGAGGUGCAGAGUGUGUUUCACGAUGGAUCAGUGGUGCUGCACACUCGUAGCGAUAAAUAUGGCAAGUUGUCAGGAGGUUUGCUCGUACACGUCCCCCCGUACCUCGUACGCCGGCUCAAGCAGCAUUUCCACAUGCUCUCGCCCUCCGGCCCACUCCUUGUCUUUGGCUGCAACGGCUGGCUAUGGGUGGGCCAACCGCCUCCCUCCACCUCCUCAUCCGGCUCACCUGGGACCCAGGGUGAAGGGGCUAGCGGGGGUGUUGGUGGCGGUGCUGGUGGGAAAGGUGCGGCUGAGACGGUUGUGGGUGUGGAGGAGCGGGAGAGGAUUUGUCGAGUGGCGGCGGCGAUUCGGGCACUAGAGAGGGGAGGUUUGGCGGUUGAUCCGCCGGCGCUGGCGAGAGUGGUGGAGUGGAGCGUUGCAAUGGGCGUGUCGGUGGCGGAAAUGGGCGAUGAGGAUUUUGUUGCGACUGUUGUGGAAAAGGAGGUGGAGAAGAGGGAGGCGGAUGCGGCGGAAGGGAGCUGA